UCAGGGCAAAGGAUGGAACUGGCAAAGAUGAAAAUUGUCCCUUAGCUUGAUCAUUCUUCCCAAAUCCUACCACUGCCACUACUCAAAACUCAGAAACCUUACUUGUCCUCUAACUGCUACUGCUAAAAUCAGCUAGUUCCCAGAAGAAACUGUUUUAGGUGUGAGAUAUUAGGUUAGAAAAUAAUCAAAAAACAUACUUUGCCUUGUUUUGUGGUUGGUCUUGACUUGGGAUAGGUAGAAGCAUGGUGAAGAAAAAAUCUCUCUCUUUCCCCUUGAUCCUUCCAUCAUUCAGUGAUAAAGCUAUUUUCCAAUCUACUACCACUAUACAGACCCUAAACCUGGUCUCCUCCUGCUUAGCCCUAGCGUUGAUGAUAUUGGGGUUAAUCCACAAGGAAUGGACUAAAGUGGAGAAGAAACCAUCAGGGGUAGAAAUUUCCAGUAGCCCCUGGAUAAUUUGUAGCGGUUCAGUUUGCGCCGAGUUGUCAACAGAUCAGGACAAUACAAUCUGGAAUCUGAUGGUCGUAACUGUCUGUCUCUCUGUCGUGCUGUGUUUAAUUUUGGGGAUGGACCAUAUAUCUUUGAUUCCUCGAUUCAAAGCUCGCUACUUCAUCUUUGGCUUUAUCAGCUUCCUGACAGCAGGUGUCUCUCUGUUCACAGCAAUUGUACUGUACAACAGAGCAUUGAAGACAAGUUUUCGUGGACACCAAUAUGUGAUCAUAAACAGAUGGAUCUUUCAUUCAACUUAUGUAAUUAUCUUCUUAUAUUUAGUCUGUGGUAUCCUCUGUCUUUUGAGCCACACGGAUGCUGAGAAUGUCCUAAACUUUGAAGAUUCUCCCAAACAAUCUACAGUGAAACAGCCAUGUAAUGUGCAAAUGGAAAGUGAUAGUAGAGAAAAGAAGGGAAUUUUAGCUGACAAAAUCCCUCUUGAAGACUUGGAACAAACAAAACCGAUUGUUAAGCACAAAUUUCCAGGCCGCAGGGUGACCUGGAACUUAGAUUCUUAGGGGAAGCCAUAGGAGUCUUUUUUCUUCAUGCAUAUGCUUAUAUCUCUGCUGAUAUUUAUAUAUGUAUGUCAGGUGUUAUAUUCAUGCAUCAUUUAUUGUAAGCUUGUACAUACAUAUUAUAUAUUCUAUGACUUAAAAGACUAUGUAUAGGAGUGCCAAAUGAUAGUAGUGUAUAUUCCUAUACUAGAUAAAGGUGAUUUUCCUAUGGACAGUAUGUUUGGAAUUUCAAUAAAAGAAAUCAACACA